AGCAAAGAUUACAAAUUAAUAAUUAAUAAUUAACCCUAGAUUUUAAAUCUAAAGAAUGAAAAAAUGAAAGAAAAAAAUUACAAAAUCGGAAACCUAUAUAUGCGGAAUACCCGAAGGCUGGUGGCUUGGCGUCCGGCGGCGUCCAGACUAUGGCGGCGGCGGGUCUCUCUACUGGCAGUUUUCCGAUUCGGCAUCUGGACUCAGUCGACCUCGCCCUGUUGGCUGUGGUGAGCUUUGCAUCAUCUGACCGUAGCAUGCCAUCUCACCGUAAGAGAAUGAGUCAAGCAGCAGGCAACGAUGGACAGGCUAUCCCACAUGGGGAGCCUGAGCACGUGAGCGUGCACACGGAAGCAUCGAGCUUCACACCCCAGCAGGUCCCAGAGCAGGCAGCCCCAGGCGCGGGCCCUGUUCCGGAAGUCGUUCCCAUCAAUCAGCCGCAGUUCGCGGCUAACUUCAUGAACUUCCUCCAGCAGUUGGCUGGCGCAUAUCGUGGCGACCUCGCAGUCGCAUUACUCCUGGAUUCCAUCUACGACUUGUGGAAGCGCGUUGGAGCAGACGUCCCUGAGCCCGUGCAGUGGGCCGCAUUCGAUCGACUCUUCCAUGAAGAGUACCUUCCAGAGCACUUCGUCGAGGCAAAGCGAGAGGAGUUCCUGAAGGUCACUCAAGGUGAACUCACACUAUCGGAGUAUCGUCAGAAGUUUGACGAGCUCGCGGGGUUUGGGCAAGACCUCGUCCCAACCAUGGAGAAGCGGUGCAAGCGCUUUGUGGAGGGCCUACGCCCCGACUUAUCAGCCCAUUUGAUCACUGCCCCUCGGGUUGACAUCAACGCACUCUUCAAACAUGCGUUGGACAUGAAUGCAGCCCUCAUCAAGAAGGCCGAGUACGAGCAGGCCCAGACGACGCAUCCUCGUCCACCUCCGUCUAGCUCAAGCAGCAAGGGGUCUCCCUCCGUGCCAAGCAGCUCGCACACAAGCAAGAAGACCAAGUCAACACAUGCCCCGUCGCCAGUGCCUACACAGCAGAGCGGGAAGAACCCGAGUCAGAGUGGAUACCGGUACUCGAUCUGCACCCAAUGCGGUCGAAGGCACCCCGGAGAGUGUUGGUUUACUCAAGGCUUAUGCCUAGGGGAGGUCAGGCUUCCGUGCGCCUACUAUAGUGGGCCCGCCCAGGAACCUUUGGGAUCCAACGGGUUUUCAUCAGAGUUGGGGUUGAAGGAGAUGAUUUUUCUUGUGGCUUUUGUCUCCUUUUAUAAUUGUGAAGUUUGGAAUCUUCAAUUUGGAGUAGGAUUCUUGGAAUUUGCGUUGGAUUUGGGGAAGGACUCUGUUUCUUGCGCCUUCCGUUUGGAGUCUGCUCUCUUCUGCGCUGGUUUGCUUCCUCUUCUACGAACUCAACACCCUUGCCGCUCCAAUAACAAUGAUGAGUGUAAGGGCGACUUUCACCCCAUUCACCUCUGUGGGAUCCCCAGGGAUGAUGCCAAUCAUGUCAACCUCCACUCUCGUGCCCACCACAUUCAUGAUAUUUUCAAGCUCACUACUUGUGUCAAGGGGGGUGACGCCGCCUAUGCUAAUUCUGCCAACUAUGUCUCCAUUUGCAGUCGAUCCGGCCAAUGCACAGGCAUUGCAAGGCUAUCAUCAAGUGAUGGCAAUGAUGCAAUAGGCACGGGUCUAUACGCCAUUUACCUACCCUGGCAUGCUCGCGCUAAGGUUGAGUCUCAUGUCAGUCUUAGGGACAAGCUCGUCAACCUUCAUACCAAGGAUGGCCAACUCUGUGAAUCCUACGAACUUGGCUACGACCAUGGAGAUCUAUACAUCAAGUUCUGCAAGAGGCCACCCUCCCCCUACCAGGAAGUCUACAACAUCGCUUGGGACUAUGCAAAGGUAGAGAACUUGAACCGAAGCAAACGGGAGUUGGAGGAGGGCUAUGCUAAGACCAAGUCUGACAAGGUCAAGAAAGAAGAUCAGGAACGUGAAGACUGUGCUCAAAGAGAUGCCCUUGAAGGGGCAUCUCAGGGGAGAAUUUACCGCAGGGGCCAAGAAGGACCCAAAUGCAAACACGUGAACCAUCCAAAGGAGAAAGUCCAGGCGAAGAAGAAAGGAGGGGAAGAAACCAUUUCCGUUACAAUUAGGAAUGGUGGCAUAUAUACGGCCCUCCUCAUGUCUUCAUCUUCUUCGCACGCAACUUCCGUACAGAGGAGGAGUCGCUGGAAAGCUUCGCCGGAACCAAUUGAGGUAGGGGCCAAGGAUUAGAUGAGGAGCAGCCCGGAGGACAGUGAAGCCUGACACUGAUGGAUGGGCCGAAGCUGCCUGAAAUUGAAUUGAAUACUUGUUGACUUUUAUUUUGUUAAACUACAAGAAUGUUGACGACAUUAUUUUAAAGGCUUCCGCAAUGUUUGAAUUAUUUACUCUGAUUAUUUAUGAAUUGUUUUUAAAUAAAUGUGAAUUGAUAUU